AUGUUUGACUUAAAUGAAUGCGAAGAAUCUGUGUUACUGGCAGAAUUCAAAUUAUGGAAAAGACGUUUAGAAAGUAUUAAAUCAUCAAAUACACCAAGAAAUGCCAUGGAAGCAAUAGUUUUAUGCAAUAGCCAAAUUUAUCCAAAUGUAUUUAAACUCUUACAGAUUUUUGCAACUUUACCAGUAUCAACUGCAUCUAAUGAGAGGUCGUUUUCUAAUUUGAAAAGAAUAAAGACAUACUUGCGAAACACAAUGUCACAAGGGCGGUUUAAUGGUUUGGCUAUGCUAGCCAUUAACAUAGAAGUUUGCAUUGAUACCAGUGAAGUAAUUGAUAAUCUAAGUAAAAAGAAGAGACGCUUAGAUCUUAUAUUAUAAAUUUAGUUUUAAAGUUCAAAAAUUGUUAAUUUUACUAUAAUCUUUAAAAUAUAAAAAUAUAAGAAAUAAAGAUCAUGAAAUAUUAAAAUAGA